CGCCGUCAAGUGGAAGUGCGAAACCAAAUGAUGAAAAAAGUGCUCAGCUUCCUUUCACUCCACUACAAUCCCAUUGCAUUCCGCCUCAAAAUGGCACAUAAGAUUGAGAAGCUCAACGCUGCUUUGGAGGAUUUAAAUAAUAGGGCAGGUGGCAUUGGGCUUGUUGCAAGGUUAUCGACCUCUCAUGAUAAUAGAGCAGCAGUACUUGACAGGGAAACCGUCCCCGGCUUUGAUCAGGAUGAAAAGAACAUGGUCGGAAGGGAUGAGCUUGUGUCAGAUAUAGUUACAGACUUAAUCAACUCAAGCAAUAAACGAGAGACUCGUCCUUGUGUUAUGGCUAUUGUGGGAAUGGCAGGCUUAGGAAAGACCACUUUGGCUAAAGCAAUAUAUCAUGAAAAUGAGAUAGGCAGCCAUUUCAACAGAAAAAUAUGGGUAUGCGUAUCUAACCCUUUUGACGUGAAGACGAUUUUAAGCGGGAUCUUGGAGUAUCUUAACCAGACAAAGGCUGGGGUAAAAGGCAAGGCAGCAAUAUGUGAAAGCAUCCAAGAAAUUUUGGAAGGGAAUCGAUAUCUCCUCAUUCUUGAUGAUGUAUGGAACGAGGAUCCUCACAAAUGGGAAGAGUUGAUGAGUUGUUUGUUAAAUAUCAAAGAUACUCAAGGAAGCAGCAUCCUUGUCACUACACGCAGUGUCCGUGUUGCAUCAAUAGUUCAGACGCUUCCUAUGCGUGAUUUGAGAAAGCUAUCAGCUGAUGAAUGUUGGCUCAUAUUGAAGAAUAAAGCGCUUUCAGGCAGGAAUGCUACUUUAAGUGAAGAUCAGGAAAGAAUUGGAAGGGACAUAGCCAUAAAGUGUGCAGGUCUACCAUUAUUGGCAAAGAUCUUGGGAAGUAUGAUGCACAAAAGGAGUGAAUAUGAAUGGCAGUCCAUUCAAAAUAAUACAAUAUUGGAUAUACCAGAAGAAGAAGAAAGACUAAAGGGGGUUUUGAUGUUGAGUUUUGAUGAACUGAAAUCAUCAUCUUUGAAGCAAUGCUGUGCCUUUUGCUCAAUGUUCAUCAAAGGUUUCACAAUUGAAAAGGAUGACUUGUUUGUUAAAACUGAAGAUCAAUUGGCCGACAUCUUGACAAAAGCUGUAUCAAUACCAGAGGAUGUCUUUCGUUAUUCUAUUAAUACCAAAAGUACCACAUUCAAGAUGCACGAUUUGGUGCAUGAUCUUGCAGAAUUUGUAUCAAAAUCAAAGAUCCAGGACUCUAAUGAGAUUCGACGUGUGCCGCAGUUUUCAGAGAUAAAACUAGAAGGAAUUUCAAAAGGAGCUGCUCAUAAAGUGCGCUCAAUGUUUUUGAUACGUGAAGUUUGUGGUAACAUCUUACCAAGAUUUAAAGGUAUGCGUGUCUUAAAAUUACAGGGGGCUGAAAUUGAUGAGUUGCCAAAUUCAAUUGGAGAGCUGAAACACUUGAGGUAUCUAGAUAUUUCAGCAACAAAUAUCAAAAGGCUCCCCCAAUCUAUUGGCAAGCUUUAUAACCUACAAACGUUAAGAAUGCAUGAACUCAAACUUGAAGAGUUUCCCAAGGAACUGCAAAAUUUGAUCAACUUGAGACAUGUUUCUUUUGAUCCCUUGUAUGCGUAUUCUCCAGUUGGCAUGGGGAGCUUGUAUGUGUAUUAUAAUAUGAAAUAUCCAGUUGGCAUGGGGAGGUUGAAUAAUCUCCGAUCAUUAUCCUUUUUCAUUGUGGGUAAGGAGAGAGGUCGUAAAAUAAAGGAGCUGGGUGGCUUAAAGCAUUUGGAAGGCCAAUUAUCUAUUUAUGAUCUGGAGCAUGUGAGAGAUGGAGAAGAAGCAAAGGAGGCAAAGUUAGCGGAGAAGACAAACAUACGCAGACUAAGGCUUGGAUGGAACUACCAACGAGAAGGCAUCAAUAAUGACAGGGAUGUACUAGAAGGCCUUAAACCGCACUCUGCAUUGGAAAUUUUAGAGAUUCGCAACUUUAGUGGUGAUACAUUUCCACCCUGGAUGAUGUGCGGAGAUUUGUUUUCUUCAUUGAAAAGAUUAACUAUUGAAAAUGCAAAGAACCUAACUGAAUGGAGGACGGAAGAAGCUGCAGUAUUUCCAACAACAGAAAGAAGAGUGGUGUUUUCUCGCCUUGAGGAGAUGGUGUUGAGGGAUUGCCCCAUUCUGGAGUGCAUCCCAAUUACACUCAGUCUCGCAUCCCUCCGUGAAUUGGAGAUUUCAUAUUGUUAUAAAUUAUCUAUUCUACCUGAGGGGCUAGAACGUUGCACCUCUCUUCAAGUGUUGGGAAUAACAGGAUGCUCCAAAAUAACAUCCAUUCCAAUAACACACGGCCUGCCUUCCCUCCGCAAAUUAGAUAUUGUAAAUUGUGAUGAAUUAUCAAGCCUACCGAGUGGGUUACAACAUUGUACCUCUCUUAAGCACUUGUCAAUAAGGCAUUGUGGGAAUCUCAAAGCUAUUCCAAGUUUAGACAGCCUCACACAACUCCAUCUGUUGGAGAUCUAUGACUGUGUUGGAUUAAAAGGUGUACCCCCCAGUGAAUUUCCAGCAUCCCUCACCCGCUUAAAGGUAGUGAAAAUUGGUGGGUUCUGGAAGGAGUUCGAAUCAUUUCCUGCUUUUCAUGUUAUUCCACAACUUGAAACAUUAACCUUGUGGGGUUGGCCGAAGCUCAACUCUCUGCCUGAACAAGUUCAACGCUUCACUUCUCUAACUUCUUUGUCAAUAUCGUCCUUUGACGGCAUGAAGGCUCUUCCAAAUUGGUUGGGAAAUCUUGCAUCUCUUGG